AUGGAAGCUGGGGAAGGAAUUUCCGUAGAGGUUGAAGACAGGCGUGUGUCCCCGGUCGCCGGAGACCAUGCUCCCUCGGAAGAGCGAGGCGCGGAAGAAACAAAAACCAUGUUUGGCGAGAGGGAAGGCGAAUGGGAGGGCGAGAGAGCCGCAGGUUCUGCGUUUUUCGAGUCCGCGGCGGAGGGGACCGUGGAACCCGUGGCACAUCAGUCGCUAGCCACAGAGGAGAGGAAAGAAGAGCCAGAGCAGGAGAUCGAAGACGACCAAGACUUGUUCGGCGAAGGAAAGGACGAGGAUCUUUUCGGUGAGGAGGACGACGAACUUGAGCAAGGCCCCCGGCAACUUCAGGAGGCGCACGGAGAAGUGGAACCAGACGGCGACAUCCAUAGGGGUGAAGCCGGAAAUGAGGAGAUGCACUCGAGAGAGGAACGCUCCCACUUUCGCGAUGGAACCAGAGAGGGCGACGAAGACGGGAGAGAUGAGCUCGGAGACGAGGACGGGCGAUACGAAGCAGACGAUGAAGUCCAAGAAGUCGAGCUCCCUUUCCAAGAAUUCCCGCCCAGUACCCAGGACGCCAAGGUCGUCGUCCUUCGCUUGCCCCCGACGGUCUCCGUUAAGGUCCACGGAGCGCCUUCUGCCACGCGCAGUCGCGCAGCUCGCCCAGGCGGCAUUUCUGCCGACGACAAAUUCACCAUAGAAGCAGGGCAAGCGUUGUGCGUCGUGCUGCAUCUACCAUGCGUAAAGAAACGACAUUUGAAGGACGGGGGAGAGUGGUUACUGAAGGCUUGCGUUGCGUCCCAGUCGAGUGGACGGACACUCCGUCGCAGUUAUCCCGUGUUCUUCCGCCAGGGGUUCAGGUUCCACUUUGUCUUCUCUUCUGCCUCCGAUUUCGAUGCCGUAACUCGCAGAUGGGGACACUCCGGCACGAGGAAGAAGGACGGGGAGGAAUCGACUGCGGACGAGAAAGAGAUUCUGUCCAACUGUAAACUGGUAGAGUGGGACGAUGGCAGCUACUCGCUCUUCAUUGGGCCCCAAAUGUUCGAUGUCCAAGUCAAGCACGACCCAACGCUGUUCUUCGAGAACUCUAACGAAACCAUCAAGACGCUCCACUGCCGAGCUGAGUCGCGUUUCCAAGUCCGUCUGGGAGAAUUGCUCAACUUCCGCGAGUUCUUCAGUCAGAGAAACAUGAGAUACGGGAAAAAGCGGCGAGCGGCGCUGACCACUCAGGAGCAGAUUGAGCGCGCGGAACAGAUGACCAGAAAAACGGUAGAGCGGCGACACGAAGCUGCGCGCACGCGCCGGCGGCAGGCCGAGUCGGCGCGCGGCGCGGAGCGAGGUCUGACCCGACAUUUUCUCGAGGCAGACAGUGAAGAGGAAGAGGAACCGGAGGAGAAGGAAGCCGAUGAAGACGGCUCUCUGGCGAAGAUAAAGGAGCAGUACAAACGACAGAAACGCUACAAGUAG